ACAUUCUGCAAGCCUAGACCAAAGUGAACGAUCUUCGAACUCAGGACGCUCAUCUUUGGCCACCAGGAAGAUUGAGUGACGACUUGGCUAAUCGCCGACGACAUAUACGUUUUUUUUUGCGUUAUUUUUGGGUCUUCGACGGGUGCUUUGCAUAAUCUCCCGCCGCGGCGCCACUGCCCAUUGGCCUCCUCCUUGAACGCCAAUCAGCGAAGAGCUCCAGACUGGCUCACGUGCAUAUAUAAAAAGUGGACCCAACCGAAUUUUGCUUGUCAGUGAAUGCCCAUCAAUCGAAUCAAUCCCAGCACAGACAUGAGAAGCGCGUCGCUUAAGUUCUAUCUGAUAUGUCUGCUAGUUAUCUGCGUGAUCGGUUGGAGUGCUGGAGCACCGAGUCCGCAACUUACACGUAAGGAACUCGAGGAUCGAUAUCGCCAAAGGCCUCCGGUGCCUGAUGAACGAGAUGCGGAUGCAGAAUUGGAUAGUGCCUUCGAUCGGUUUAAACGAAAACCUUGAAGUGCAAAUCUGAAAGGCUGGAGACACCCAACGCCCACAAUUGAUUUGUGGUUCUAUGUGGAGUGGCACUUUUUAUGUCGUAUUCAGGGUUAUGGCUAUGUAGUUCUAAGCUUAGGCAAAAUGUACAAGCGUAAAAUAAAGCAAUUACUUGGGUGAAA